AUGACUAGUUCCCUCAACUUCCCACGUUUCUUACUCCCUGCGUUUCCACGAUGGGAAUCUUCGCUUCUGAAACGGAAUAGACCUGUCGAGGAUGUUACUGCUGCGACGAUGUCACGAAGACGAUCGAGUAAUAUUCCAACGAUAACAACGUCUGAUGAUAAUCCCUCACGUUCAUCUUCUGACGAUGAUGGUUAUGAAGAAGAAGAAGUAGAAGAAUUACGAGGACAGGAUAUUCCAACUCGACAAUCGAGAAACUUGUCGCAUGAUUCCGGGUGUAUAGUUUCUGAUGAAGAUAAUGGCGAUGAUGAAGAGAGAAUUGAGGAGGAGGAGGAAGAAGAAGAAGAAGAAGAAGGAGAAGAGGAAGAGGGAAGUAGCGAUGAGAACGAUAGAGCAUAUACUUAUGCUCCAUCAAGGGGACCCGGGAGAUAUUCAUCUUCAGUCGAUUCCUUAGAAAUCUAUUUAGACACUGAAAGCGGAUACGGCGGUAGUUCCGACGACCUCACAGUUCCACCUUUAAACGCCACUACUUCUACAUCUCCUUCUUCCUCUUCCUCCUCCUCUUCAUCCUCCUCAUCCUCCUCAUCAAGUUCUCCCCCAAAAAAAAAAGAACCUCAUCAACUUCUGGCCUUCCAACCGUAA